AUGGACGUCCAGUCGAAGAUAAAUUGUUCUCUUGAUGAUCUAAUAAAGCUCCAGAGAAAGGCUGCCGGAGGGGGGGGCGCCAAGGGCCCCCGAGGAGCCGCAACGUUCACUCCUCCUCAAAAAGGGUCAGCACCGCAGCGUGUUGUCAGAAAGGGCGGCGGCAUCAUGAAGCAUGUCUCCAAGCAGCGGCAGCUCAAGCAGAGUCCGAGUGCUCAGCAGCAGCAGCAAAGAGGGGCUUUCGAUGGCAGACCGCAGAAGCAGCAGCAACACCAGAAGAGCCGCAACAUGAGCGUUUCCGACAAAAUCGGCUUGCCGCUCGAUGCAUUGGUGGCCUCGCGACAGAAGCAGGUGCAGAAGCAGCCGCUUUCGCAGGAGAAGAAAAGACGCGAUUUGUCUGGCUUAGGGAAGCGGCGUGGGAGUGCGCUGGGAGCCCGUCGCGGUGCCUUCUUGGCAUCCAAGGCAGACGUAAGACGCGGUCGUCUGCAUGCUGCCGUUGCGGCUGCCUCAGCUGCCCGUUCAAAUCAAAGGAGUGCAGCCUCCAAGCUCCUCGCCGCGACCGUCGGCAUGCGGCGCAGAGCUCGCACACCGCACCAGCAGGCCGUCGAGACACUCAAGACUGCUGCAGGCUUCAAGGGCGCCUCCUCGCGUCGCAACAGAAGUGGCAGUUACGCCUCCUACCCCCGGGGAAGUGCAGCUUCGAGGGCGCGACUCACGGCGGCAGCGGGGAGCAGAUGGCAACUGCGCAGACAGUCCACAGCCAUUGCUGCUGCAGGGCCGAGAGCGAAUACUUCCCUGGCUCGAAGGCGACCUUUAGGGGCAGCUGUUGUUACGGCUGCAGCGGCUGCAGCGGCUUCUUCGGCGGCUCGGAGCAGUAGGGGUGGCUUCAGCGCGCCUAGUAGGCUCUAUAGGGCUCCACCGUUCGUGGCGUCGAAGUCAACUACUCCCAUUGAUAGAAGGAGGCCUUCGCCCUCCACCACCACUCCCGUGGCAGCACCAGCAACGGCGGAGGCAGAGCCUUCGUUUGCAGCGGAUUCCGAGCUGCUCGCCAAUAUCAAAAUCAUGGCAACUCUUGAUACAGUCCCGGCUCCUCUCCCGCAGCAGCGAGGCUCGCAUGUGGCGGUUCCUGCGGCGAUGCAGCGGCAGCAGCAGCAGCAAAUGCAGCAAAUGCAGCAGGUGCAGCCCUCUCGAGCUGUCGGUACUGCCGCCGCCGACCAUGGCAGCCUGAGCACCAGAUUUGGGUAUUAG